AUGGAUGGUCAAUGGGAGUCAGUAGUGUCGUCAUUACAGGAUAUAUAUAAUGCAAAUGAAGUGACUCAAUUUGAUGAUGAUGUGAAUACGAAAAGAAUCAACUUUGAAAAUUUACCCAACGAACAGUUGAACAGCAAUAUUGAGAAAUUUCAGGAACAUAUGGAAAAUAUUACGAGGGCUCACAAGCUAUUGGAUAGAGUUAGAUCUAAUUUACAAACAAUACUGGAUUAUGAAAACGAACACCAACCUGAGGAAGGAACGGCUGAAGACGUGUCAAUGCCUACGACAAGGAACAACACGCCAACAUCUUUACAUGCUGAGGCCAAACAGUAUUGGGUAAGUCAAUACAACCCUGUGGAGACAAUCAAAGUCGGCUCCGAGGUGGCAUAUAGGCCCAAGAGAGGUGGUGAUGGAGAGUGGUUUCAAUGUGAAGUCAUCAAGAUCUCGAGCGAUGGGACAAGACUUGAAGUACGGGAUCCAGAACCUGACGAGUUAGGAAACACUGGCAAAGUGUUCAAAUGCACUUGGAAAGAUAUUAUCGCAAUACCAAAUGUGAAUGUGAAAUAUACAAAGGGCAAGAUUGUCAACUAUCCUGCUGGAUCAAAAGUGUUGGCGAGAUAUCCGGAAACCACCACCUUCUAUCCGGCUGUUGUAAUCGGAAGUAAAAGAGAUGGAACCUGUAGACUGAGAUUCGACGGUGAAGAAGAAGUCGACAAAGAAACUGAAGUAACCAGGAAAUUGGUGUUGCCAAUGCCAAUGAUCUCUGCAUCGCCAAUGAAGAAAUAG